AUGGAAAACUCUCAAAUAGAGCCAACUUAUUUCAAUGUGGUUUUCAAAGCAGAUGAUAAUGGAGGAUCUGUGAAGUACGAUAUAUCCUUGACUUCUGAAAUAUCAGGUCAUGUCAAUGCCAAGGUUCUAGUGUAUGCGUAUGGUAUCAAGGUUACAGAAAGAAACGUCGAUUUUUGCUCCAUUGGAUGGAAACAAUUCUGCCCCAUGUAUCCCGGUUCAUUGGAAGUUGAUUCUAUUCAAUAUCUUUCCCGUCAUUUCACUAAUAUGGUUCCGGGAAUAGCCUACACAUUUCCUGACAUCGACGCACUUGUUAGGGUGCUCAUUGUCGACGGUAAUGAUACCCAAGUUGGAUGUAUCCAAGCUAGCUUUUCAAAUAAGAAGACUGUCGCUCACGUUGGUGCCAAAUGGGCUACCGCUAUUAUAUCCGGAAUCGGCCUCCUUGUCUCAGCAGUUCUAUCAGUUUUUGGAAACUCUGCUUCUGCUUCCAUUAUUUCUGCAAAUGCUGUGUCUUUGUUCUCAUUCUUUCAGAGCACAGUCAUUCUUUGCAUGUUGCACGUGCAAGAAGUUCCUCCAAUUGUCAGUGCGUGGGCAGAAAAUAUCGCAUGGUCGAUGGGCUUGAUCAGAGUUACCUUUAUGCAGCAAAUAUUCAGAUGGUACGUUCAAGCAACCGGCGGAACUCCUACGCAAUACUUAACCUCCUCUUCAAUAUCGGUUCUCGUCCAGAGAUCCCUGAACGAAAGUAAGAAGCUUGCAACUAAAAUCAUUCCGUUUUAUUCGCUUGUGUCUUAUUUCAUGCCUUCAUUGGCACCAAGCCCUACGGACUAUUACCAAGACUUGGAAGCGAGGUCAAACGACCUGUACAAUUUGCAAGGUGAUCAGUAUCUCAAAAUAUUGAGAGGCGUGGAAAGAGUUGGUUACAAGGCAAACAUUGAGCCCACUUCCAUCGUUUGCACGGGAUUUACAUUUUUUGUUUUAUUCCUAUAUGUCUUGGUUGGAUUGUUUAUGAUUGCGAAAACAACAAUGUCUUUUGGAAGGAAAAGAGGCUGGUCCAGAACGAUUGAUUUGAGCAGAAACUGGAAGGUUAUUCUGAAGGGUAUUUUGCAAAGAUAUAUUUAUAUCGGAUUUCCCCAACUUGUCAUUUUAUCUCUAUGGGAGUUCACUGUUGUCGACUCACCUGCAGUGGUCGUCCUUGCGGUCAUGUUCUUGCUUUUGUGCUUGAUAAUCAUGGGGUGGGUCUCCUAUAGAACAUUGAUGUUUGGAGCUGUUUCUGUUGAAACUCACAAUAACGCGGCUGCCAUUCUCUAUGGAAAUCCGGAUGUCCUCAACAGGUAUGGAUUCUUCUAUACAAUGUUCGACGCGAAGAAAUUCUACUGGGGAGCUGUGUUUUUGGCUUAUCUUUUUGUGAAAGCAUUAUUUGUUGCUCUCGCUCAGAAGUCUGGUAAAACACAAGCACUCGUUGUGUUUUUGUUAGAUUUGGGCUAUACCAUUGCUUUGAUCAAAAUGAGACCAUUUUUAGACAAAGCCACCAACAUCGUCAAUUUUCUGAUGAGUGUUGUUAACACCAUCAACUCGUUCUUUUUCUUAUUUUUCUCAGAGUUGUUUGGUCAACCAAGUGCCGUUGGAUCAAUCAUGGGAUUGGUUUUCUUUGUGCUGAACGCAGUGUUCUCAUUUUUGCUCUUGAUUCUGAUUAUCGCCUACUCGUGUAUCGCGAUCUUUUCCAAAAAUCCAGAUGCUCGGUUUUCGCCAGCCAAAGAUGACAGGACAUCUUUCCAAAAGAAGCAGAUGGGUGAUGAUGUUCCUGAUGGUGCGCAAGAGCUGUUUGAGCUCGGACAGGUUGCUAAAGAUCAUCAAGAGAAUUGGGCAAAUGAAAUGUACAAGCUAAAGGCCAUGGUGGAUUCCUCCGACAUGGGUCAAUCCUCUGACAAGAAGUCUCAGAGUGAUCCAGACAAACCAUUGGAACUCACACAGGAAGAAGAAGCUUCCUUUGGCGCUAAACUUAUGCACAAGCUCACCGGUGGAAAGUCCUUCCUUCGUCGUAACAAAUCUCAGAAAACUGGCGAUCAAAAUACGGAAGUGCCAGAUGCUCUUGACCAUCCAUUACCAAAAUCCGUUAUGGAUCAACAAAUUGCUACACAUGCUAGAUCAGAAUCAAACACUCCAAUGAUGCAGUCGGGAACCGAAGGCUUCCAAACUCCCCUUUCAACAUUCAUGCACGAUGAGAGUUUGAAAAGUAUGUCAGACAUCGGUUCUGAUUCCGGUAAUCAUGCUUUGACUCAACCGUUUGAUUCUACCGAAAACUAUGUUGAUCGAAACCGAAAGAGUUCUAAAUACUCAUACUUAUGA